CGGCAACAAUAAACAAGUUAGCGGUGGGAUGCACCGUUGCAUUUCUCCAACGAAACUCAACUUUACGACACCUGUGGAGCUCAGCAGCAUUCCAUAAAUGCUGUGAGAUUGUAUACUCUGCAACCAUUUCUGUAUGACCAAAGCACAAAGGAGCAAAAGAAAUGGUUCCCUCGAAACAUGCUGCCAGUAUGGGAGCUAGUGGUUCUGGUCAGUCUGUCCACCUUGGCCACGAAGGACACCAGACUGCUCCUGGAUGGUGUACACCAUGUCCAGACAGAAUAAAUGUAGGCCUGCUUGCAGGUAAAAAGGUUAACACUGUUACUCAGCAAUGUAGUCAAGCUGAAGCUGAAAGUCUGCCAACAUCAACAUGUUCUGAGGCCAAAGUUAGCCACUCUGUUCCUAACCCCAGCAGACUGAGGAAAGCCAAGGCUUUUGCAGAUGAAGCUGUCAAGAUGCGUAAGAUCUUCUCUGUCAAGGGUCCUUACCCUAUCAUCAGGGCAGCUUUGAGGGCUAGAGGCUGGGUUGAGCGUAUGCACUGCACCAAGCAGCGUCAGAGCAGCGUGAACAGAGCCAGUCUAGAUAAUACCAAGAAUGCUGAUGAUGCUGAACGAGAACAAGAUCCUGAUGAACUGCAUGAUCUCAUGUCUUGCCUUGUGCGAACUAAAAUGGUUUAUUUCUACUGGACAAACCGUAGAGAUUCAAUCAACAUUAAGAACUUGCAGAAAGACCAGAUUGUCAACUAUUUUGCUAAGGCUGACAGCUUCGUCACCAAGGCGGGGCUGUGUGUGAACCUCAGGAAUCUGCACUGGUUUGAUUCAGCUGACCCAGACACUUUCUUUCCUCGUUGUUACAGAAUAUUGGCCCAGGAAGAGAAGCAUGCUUUCAUUGAGGACUAUCGGCGGACAGCAUGCUCCGGUUUUUUGAAGUGGAUUGUGGAUCAGGAUAUUCAAAGGCAGGAAACAAAGCACAGUGUUCAGACCAUUAAGGGUCAGAGGAAGCAAAGUAAACAACAAUCAAUACCGUUGUCCCUUUCAAAAAUGAUCAACUGUGCCCUCAAAGUAUGCCAGGAGUACCUGCAGAGUCUGGAGCACGGUGACAUUGACACAAGCUUGGAAGUGCUUACACAGGAGGAGUGGGCAGAAUAUCUUAACAGUUACUACCUUGUUGUUCAUGGCAGAUUGCAGAUUGAGAUCAGUGAUUACUUUGUGAGCUGCUGUAAAGCCAUGCUGCAGAGACUAGAGGAAGUCUGUCCACAGCUGGGCAUAGAUGGUAUACACAACAUCUGGAUCAUCAAACCUGGAGCGAAAUCUAGAGGCAGAGGUAUAAAAUGUGCCAAGCGGCUUGAUCAGAUCCUCCAACUGGUGCACAGUGAUCUGAUGGUGGUCAAGGAUAGUAAGUGGGUGGUGCAGAAGUACAUAGAGCAGCCCUUUCUGGUCUAUGGUACCAAGUUUGAUGUGCGGCAGUGGUUUCUGGUCACCGACUGGAACCCUUUGACAGUGUGGUUCUAUAAAAAGUGCUAUUUGCGCUUUUCCACGCAGCCUUACUCACUGGAUACACUGGACAGAUCUGUGCACUUGUGUAAUAACUCCGUCCAGAAGAACCUGAAGCCGUCUCAACAACGCCAUCAAGGCAUUCCAGCAGACAACAUGUGGCUGGACGACAUGUUUAGGGCCUUUCUGGCAAACCAGGGAAAGACAGCUCAGUGGGAGACUGUUGUAGUUCCAGGAAUGAAGAAGGCUAUAAUCCAUGCAUUGCAGACAUCACAGGACUUGAUGGAGUCACGCAAAAACACAUUUGAACUCUAUGGUGCUGAUUUUGUGUUGGGAUGUGACCUGCAUCCAUGGUUAAUAGAAAUCAAUGCUAGUCCCACCAUGGCACCCUCAACUUCCGUGACAGCCAACCUCUGCACCGCUGUGCAGGAGGACACCUUACGAGUCGUCCUGGACCGGAGAGUUGACCGCGCAGCAAACACUGGAAACUUUCAGCUGAUAUACAGGCAGGCAGCAGUAAAAGUCCCUCAGUACAGAGGAGUCAACCUACUCGUUGAGGGGUUCAACAUUAAAAACCCCAGCCCUCUUCCUCCACUGAAGCCCUCACACCAUUCAGCACCAAAAUGCCAAGGCACAGUGAAGAAGAAUGGCCGAACAGCAAAAAAAGUUCAGCAGAAGAGUGGAAAACUCAAGUACAGCAUCAAUGGUGCAGUACCAACUCCUCCUCUUCUUCCAGAACCAUCUGUGCCCAGGCCAGCUGAAAUCCCUCCACUUCACCUGCCAGAGACAGUUGACAAGCAUGAUCCUCUUUGUGACAAGUCACAUUCUGGACUGCUGUGGAAGAGAAAAACAGAGGUUUCAAAUAAAUGCUGAAAGUUCAACCUUUGCCAUCAGAGAUUACCACUUCUAAACAGCCCAGGCAAG